GAUAACAACGAUAAGCGCUCAACGAAGCAGCGAACCCCAGUUCACGAAAUUGAUUCGAAUCGCUACGCGCCGAGUUCGUUGCCUGCUAGCUUCCUCCGCGACCUAUCCAACAUGAUAAUUUUAGAGGAAUUGGAACACGCGAAGGGUAACACGAUCGUCUGGGACGAUUUGACAGUGACCGUUCCGCGAAAAACGGGAAACGGUUUCUUGAACGUUGCGCUGAGGACGAUUCGAAGGAGAUGCUACGAAGAGAGUUUGGUCAUUUUAAAAGGAGUAUCUGGUUAUGCUGUGACGGGGAACCUGGUUGCUAUAAUGGGACCGAGCGGCGCUGGGAAAACGACACUUUUGGCCACCCUGGCUGGAAAAAUUGCCUCGACAACUGGAAUGGUGUCAAUAAAUGGAGAAACAGUUUCACGAACAAUCAUGUCAAAAAUAUCUAGUUAUCUUCCACAGGCCGACGCUUUACCAACCUCCCUCACCGUAGAGGAAUUCUUAUUGUUCUCGUGCGCGAUGAAGAUGGACGUUAGCGGAGCACAAAAGAAAUUCUUGUCAACGAAAUUAUCGAUGGAACUGGGUCUGAUCGAUUGUAAAGAAGUAUUGAUAUCCAGUUUGUCCGGUGGACAGAAGAAACGGCUUUCCUUGGCCAGUGAGUUGAUUGCCAAGCCAAAGAUACUUUUCCUCGACGAACCGACGACGGGUUUGGACACGUUCUCAGCGAUGCAAGUGGUGCAGACGUUAAGAGCCAUAAGCGCGGAAUCCAUAAUCUUUUGUACGAUUCAUCAACCAGGAAUGGACAUAUACAGUCUUUUUACCCACGUAUUAUUAUUAUCUGACGGACGAACAGGUUACUUUGGUAUUCUGGAAGAUGCGACAAGAUUUUUCUUGAGUCUAGGUUACGAAUGUCCGGUUGGCUUCGACGAGUCCGAAUACUACAUAAAACUCUUAUCUCGAAGAAAUCCGGAAACGUCCGCGACAAAUCCCAAUUGCGAGGACGCUGGACCCGGGGAACUUAUCGAUAAAAUAUGUCGAGCAUUCUCACGAUCCCCUCUCUCGAGGAUUCCCGAAAUCACCGAUGGUAGAAAUCUCGAAAUCGAGCCUCAAGAAAGAAAACCUGGAUGCACGAUACAAUUUUCUUGGUUAACGUGGAGGAUAUGGACACAAAAUCGGAGAACGAUGUUUCACGGAUGGAUUGCGUGGAUCUCUUAUUUCCUCUCCAUGGCGGCAGUGGCCAGUUUUUACACGGGGAUUAAUCCGCGGACGCAGGAGGGCGUGCAGAACGUGAGGGGCGCGUUGUACAUGAUGAGCUCUGAAAUUUCGUUCACGGUGGCCUAUUCCGUGAUUUACGAAUUCCCUAGCCAGCUUCUGAUCUACCUUCGCGAGGACGGCGUUUAUGGCAGCGGGCCCUAUUACAUCGCCACAUACUGCGGACUGAUACCGAAAGCCAUUCUACAGGCAGUAAUGUUCACAACAGUGAUAUAUCUCGUGGUAGUCACUCGAAUCGAUUUAUUCAAUUUUCUAUUUUACUGUUCAAUCACAUCGACGAGUGCGAUUUGCGCUAUAGCGUAUGGUUUAAUGUUCUCCAUCUGGAUCGAGGACAUUGAUUUCAUUUCACUGAUCAUGGUACCUAUAGACAUGCUCUUUUUAUUAACUGCUGGCAUGUUUUACAACCUCAGGUCGCUGCCCACAUGUCUGACGUGUUUUAAAUAUUUCUCAAUAUUCUUUUACCUGAACGAAGCACUUUCCAUAGUUUAUUGGUCACGAGUAGAUGACAUCGACUGUCAAGCGUCUAGUGAUUUCCCCUGUCUACGAAACGGGGAACAAGUGCUCUCGGAAUAUGGAUUCAAGAAGGCGAAUCUCAUCUGGGAUUUCAGCGGUCUUAUACUCUUAACAAUCGCGAUGAAUGUUCUUGGAUACUUUGGUCUACAAAGGAGAAGGAAAAUUAGAACGUUGUUGUAAAUAACAAUCCCACCACGUUCGUUUACGUAAAAUAAUUUAUAACAAACGUAUGAUACAUAGCAAUCUGUUUAACUUAUAUAACUUACGUGUCUUACAAUUAUCUUACACUAUAUAAAUAUUUGUUAAUAAU